CCAUUGCCCUCCCUCGGCCAAGCCAGUCCUUCGCCUUCGCCUUAGUUUGGUUCCAUAAUUGGGGCUCUCCGACUGUGUUCUGCUGCGUCUCGUUGUUGCUGCGGUUGUCUCGUGUUUCUGCGGUUGUCCUGAAUCUCUAGUGUAUGUGUGUGUGUGUGUCUCUGUGUUUCUUCUAGUCCGCCAUGGCCUCUUUCGCUGAGGCCCCCAAGGGUAACGAGAAGGCCGGUGAGAAGAUCUUCAAGACCAAGUGCGCGCAAUGUCACGCUGUUGAGAAGUCCGCUGGCCACAAGCAAGGACCUAACUUGCAUGGUUUGUUCGGGAGGACGUCGGGAACUACAGCUGGGUACACUUACUCGAAAGCUAACAGGGACAAGGCUGUUGAUUGGAACGAGGAGCAUCUAUACGAGUACCUAUUGAAUCCUAAGAAGUAUAUUCCUGGUACGAAGAUGGUAUUCCCUGGUUUGAAAAAACCUCAAGAACGUGCAGAUCUAAUCGCUUAUUUAAAGAAAUCGACCUCAGAGUAGAGACCUGGUGGGACUGUUUCAGAGGUUUCAUGGCCUCUUGUAGAGCGUCGUAGGACUUACUGAGGGUGUCAUUUAUUUGAACGCGUAUCGUUCACUAGAGUAUUCAAAUAAUUCAGCAACUGUGUCACUUUUUCAAAAUAUAAAAUUUGCCUUUAUUUUCAAAUUAAAAUACUUCGUUUUUCAAAUGGUAUAGCAUUCCAGGGGCAUGACUGUCUUGUGACUGAAUGUAAUAUAUAUAGGGGAAUAAUAAAGAGAUCCAAAUUUUUACUAAA